AUGUCUUCUCUGAAUCCUCCAACGGAUACUAUGUCCAAAGGCCCAUCACAAAUCCGAUACAUGGACACCGCCUCUGCCUAUGACCUCUGGUCUCAGGUGUAUGACACUGAUGGAAAUUUCCUUCAAGCUCUCGAUACCAUUGAGAUGAGUUCUCUUUUACCCAAUUUCCUCCGUCAAAUUCGACCACCUAAGCCGUGGAAGAUUGUAGACCUUGGAUGUGGAACAGGUCGAAAUACGCUGUCACUCUUGAAAAUUCCUGACACAAGCAUUAUCGGCCUCGAGCUUAGCCCGAAAAUGAUGGAGGUCGCUCAUGCACGUGUCGAGAAGGAACUUGAGCAGCUACAUAAGAGCGACCGAUGUCGAAGCAUUGAGCUUAAACUUUUCGAUAUGGUUGAGCAACGACAUCCCCCAGAUUGCGCCAUGGAAACAGACGCGAUCAUUUCAACUCUUGUACUUGAACACGUGCCAACGGAAGCCUUCUUCAAGACCGCUUUCCAGAUACUGAAGCCCGACGGAGUCUUGCUCGUUACCAACAUGCAUUCCGAUAUGGGAAAUAUCAGCCAAGCUGGAUUUUUAGAUCCUAAGUCUGGCGAAAAGAUCCGACCGCAGAGCUAUGCGCACAGCGUUGAAGAUGUUGUCACAGAGGCAAAGAAGCAAGGCUUUGCGCUUGAAGGCGAUGGCAAAGAAGUGGAUAGGAGUAAUGGUAUGGUAUGCAAUGUUCUUUCGGAAAGUUGA